AUGCCCGCGCUCAGCUCCACGAUGACGGAGGGCAAGAUCGUCGCGUGGUCCAAGAGCGAGGGCGAGACGGUGAGCAAGGGCGAGUCGGUGGUGGUGGUGGAGUCGGACAAGGCGGACAUGGACGUGGAGACGUUCUACGACGGCAUCAUCGCCACCAUCCUUGUCGGCGAGGGCGAGGUGGCACCUGUGGGUGCAGCCAUCGCCAUCCUGGCAGAGAGCGAGGACGACAUGGAGGCCGCCAAGAAGAAGGCCGCCAAGCUCGGCGGCGGUUCUGAUGGUGGUGCUGCUGCUGCUCCUGCUGCACCAGCUGCGGCUGCUGCUCCUGCGCCUGCUGCUGCCGCCCCCCCUCCCCCGCCCCCUGCACCUGCCGCGCCUGCUACCCCAGGGAAGGUGGUUGCAACGCCCGAGGCAAAGAAGCUGGCGAAGAAGCACAAGGUUGACCUGGCCAAGGUAGCAGGCUCCGGUCCCUACGGCCGGAUCACCCCUGACGACAUCAAGAAAGCAGCAGGCAUCGCGACCGCCCCUGCUCCCACCAUCAUCGCUCCUGCUCCCGCUGCCGCCGCUGCUGCUCCUGCCGCUCGUGCUGCUGCUGCGCCUGCAGCAGCAGCAGCGCCGCUGCCAGCGGGGGCGUCAGUGGUGGCGUUCACGGCGAUGCAGGGGGCGGUGGCGAGGAACAUGGAGGCCACGCUCGUUGUGCCCACCUUCCGUGUUGGUUACACCGUUACCACCGACGCCCUUGACGCACUGUACAAGCGGGUGAAGGGCAAGGGAGUGACCAUGACGGCGCUGCUCGCCAAGGCAGUGGGCAUGGCGCUGGCGAGGCACCCCAUCGUGAACGCCGCGUGCAAGGACGGGAAGAGCUUCCACUACAACGAGAGUGUGAACGUGGCGGUGGCUGUGGCCAUGGAUGGCGGGCUCAUCACGCCCGUGCUCAAGAACGCAGACGAGACGGACCUGUUCACAAUGUCAGGGCAGUGGAAGGAGCUGGUGGGCAAGGCACGGAGGAAGGCCCUGAGCCCAGGCGACUACAGCGGAGGAACCUUCACACUGUCCAACCUGGGCAUGUUCGGCGUGGAUCGGUUUGACGCCAUCCUGCCCAUCGGCCAGGGUGCGAUCAUGGCCGUUGGAUCAUCCAUCCCAACAAUGGUGGCAGCAGAGGAUGGCAGCUUCGGCAUCAAGAGGCAGAUGCAGGUGAAUGUCACGGCUGACCAUCGGAUCAUUUAUGGCGCUGAUUUGGCGGAGUUCCUCCAAACUUUCGCUAAGAUUGUGGAGGACCCAGAUCAGCUUACCUUGUAA